AUGGCCAGCUCAUCAAAAGAAGUCCCAAUGUCUCAUAAUGAAAAUGCUUCCUACACGCGCACACAAGAGUACAGCUCAACUCUCAAAUACCCAGCAGAAUCAAGCGCAAAUGCAACUCUAUCCUUCUUUGGCCAGGAUUUUCACGAGGAUGAGAAUGACACUGUCAUCGUUGACAACAAGCUUCUCCGCCAGUCCACCCACUUGUUCGCCGAAGGCGACUUCAUUCCACCAGGUUUCUUCAACCACGCACAAUUAGACGGUUUCACACGUCGCUUCAAAUAUUCGCAAUGGAGCUAUGAAAUGCGUCGUGAGGCUCAGCCUAUUCUCCCAUUCCUCUCUCUAGGCCCCUCAUCAUGUCUCCGGGACCGUGAACACCUCCGCACCCAAGGAUUUACACUUCUUCUCGGAAUUAGGAAUACGCAUUCAGCUCUUGCGCGCUUAGUCUCGGGUGAAAAGGCCGCUGCCGAGAUUGGUAUCCUGGCUGAUACGAUUGAUGUCCUCGAUAAUCAGGAGUUGAUCUCUGCGUUUCCACGCGCGAUUCGUCGCAUCAAUGAUCAUCUUGCUGGGCUGGAUAUGCUAGCUUCGAAUGAAAGUCCGAUUGGUUCGGCAGAUUCUACUAUCAAGAGGAAAGUUUUGGUCUUCUGCGAAUCUGGCAAUGAGCGUUCUGCCGCUGUGGUCAUUGCUUAUCUCAUGGCCAUGCUAAACCAGGAUGCGAUUCAAGCAUCGCACAUGGUUCAGCAGCAUCGGUUCUGCGUUUCGAUUGAGGAUUCUUUGAAGCGCAUUCUUACUGCUUUUGAUUCUAUUCUUGCUGCCAAGCGAGAUGUGGAAAAUGCAAAGCGCAAUUCAGUUCAAAUGGGGACUUUGACUCUUGCUCCUCCACCUGUCCCGCCUGUCAUUUUAGCGAAGAAGCGAAGCUUCGCUGAUUGCAUGUAUCAGGAUGCGGAAUUUGACAGCGAUGAUAUGGAUAUGGAUAUGGAUGCGGAUGAUUUGCUAGACCGAAAGCCUGUUGCACCGUUUCAAGACCGUGUGGCUUAG